AUGCCCGCAUAUAUUAUGAUGUCUUGUGCUCUUCCUAAGAAAAGUCUUAAGGAGAUUCAGAAGAUGCAAAUAAGUUUUGUUUGGGGUGAUAUUGAUGAAGAUAAACAUGUGCAUACUUUCAAGUGGAGUACUCUUACUAUACCUAAGAUGGCAGGGGGACUGGGUUUGAAGAUCUUGGUGAUAAAUAGUGAAACGUGUCUACUGAAACUCGGUUGGAAAUUUAUGAAUGGUGAGAAUGGUUUAUGGUGUGAUGUUCUAAGAGGAAAAUAUGGAAGAGGAAAUGAGCAUGCAAAAUAUGUAACAACCAAGAAUAAUGAAUCUAGUUUAUGGAGGAACUUGGGGAAAACUGAAACUUUCUACAACAAAAUUCUUAACGGGGUAUUGGUAAUGGGAAUACAAGGAAUGUUUGGAAUGAUGUGUGGCUCCCUUCAGAAGCACUUACUGAUGCCAUUACAAAUAACUAUAUCAAUCUUCCUUCUCUCAAAGUUGUGGAUCUUGUAA